UACUUAUCUCAUGUUUAUUGAAAUACUGUAUAGAAUACUUUUUUUUUCAUUAUGAAAUCAUACCUAUUUUUAUAUGAAAUGUACAAUGAAUUUGAAUCAAGUGAAAGAAUAUUCUUUUUAGUAUUUAUUUAAGUAAUCUGAAAAAGUAUAUUUUAGAAAAAGAUGAGUUUUCAUUAAAAGAAACUAUGAAUUCGAUUUUUGUAGAAAACACAUCUGAAUACAUUGAAUCUUUCAUAAAAUAUUACGAAAAUAAAAUAAUCUGUUGGAUAUAUGAGUAAGUUUAUGUGUCAUUAUAAGUGAUUAAUCAAGAUGUUAAAGUUUAAUUAAAUAUUAAAUUUUUCAAUAUAAAUAUAUUUUAGUUUGCAAAAAUAUUUAUCUUUAAUUUUAUUUAAAAAAAUUGAUAUUCAAGAAUGUCUCGAUAUCUCAAGAGUUCAAUUAGAAGAUCACUAAUACAAUAGUAGUAAUUUAAUGCUUGUCUAUCGAUAUUACUUCAUUAAAAUGUUUUUUUUUCUAUGAAGUUCAAAACUUAUCAAAAUCAUUGACACAUCUUCAAUUUUGGUUUUUAAAUUUCUACUUGAAACUUUACAUAGAGAUAGAUGUUAACGAAAAUAAUUUAUUGCAAAAUAUUUUUCAUUCCGCCGAUAAGAAUAUAUCUAAAACUUUCAUUACAAACUAUUGUCAGUGAUCUCAAUCUCUGUGAAAAAUUCAAAUUCGAGAUUUGAAAAUGAAAUAUUUCUGAAGAAUGUCAUAGUAUUAUCUAAAAAACAAUUUGUAAACAUACAAUUAGUAAAGCAAUCGAACUUUUUUCUACAUAUUUAAUUCAGUUAAACAUUUAUUAAUUGAUUUUAUAAUUUUACUUCAAUAGGAAUUAAUGAGAAAGAUGCAAAAUGAAAAUGAACAAAUGCAACAAAAAUUAUCUGAAUCAAUGCAUCGUUCAACAAUUGAUUCAUUAGUACAAGAAAAUCCAACUAAUUAUACAUAUUCAAAUUCUCAAAUACAAACAAAUGUUUUAAGAUGUGCACAUUGUUUUGCACCUAAAUCAAAUGAUUUAUAUACACGAUUUUGUACGGAAUGUGGUCUACCUUGGCAAAAACUAACUCAUAAUCCACCGGAUAAUUAUUCAACAAGAAUUCUAUUUCCUCAUUGUAAAUCAACAAAUCCAAUACAUUUACGAACAUGUUAUAUUUGUGAAAAUGUAUUAAUGCCAACAUCGACAUCACCAGAAAAACGAACUUCAAUUUCAAUUCCAACAAUAUCAAAACAAACAAAUACAAUGAUGAUAACAUGUUCAAAAUGUUUUCGUUUAAAUAAUCCUAAUGCUCGUUUUUGUGAUUGGUGUGGUGCAUAUCCUGAACAUAUAUCUACAUCAAUACAAUGUACAAAAUGUCAUACUAAUAACGAUUCAUUUGGAAAAUUUUGUUCAACAUGUGAAUGUGUUCUUGAACCACCAUUACGUAUUAUUGAUACACGUCUUUAA